AUGGCUGCUACAAUGAGGGCCUUAGCUCUUGUUGCUUUGCUUGUUGCAAUUAAUGCUAUAGCGUCUGAAAGUAGAGUGGCAAGAAAGGACCUGGGUUUGGACCUUGGUGGGGUGGGAAUUGGGUUGGGUGCUGGGGUUGGAAUUGGACUUGGUGGUGGUGGUGGUGCUGGCUCUGGUGCGGGUUCAGGCUCUGGCUCUGGCUCGGGCUCGGGCUCUUAUUCAAGUUCUGGUUCUGGUUCUUCAUCAGGGUCAGGGUCUUCUGGAGCAGGUUCCGAAGCCGGUUCCUAUGCAGGAUCUCAUGCUGGGUCUGGAGCUGGUUCAGGCUCCUCUAGAGCUGGUUCUGAAGCAGGUUCGUAUGCAGGGUCUCAUGCUGGAUCAGGAUCAUAUGAUGGUGGAAAUGGAAAGUAA